AUGAGAAUUACCGCCGGUGGCGGCCGCCCUUUAAGGGCUAGUCUAUGGCCUAUUGUCAUCGCAUUCACGGUAUUUGCUGUUGCUAACCUUGUAGCUGUUUCAGCUGAUCCUUACAUCUAUUCUUCACCACCUCCACCAUACAUUUACAAGUCACCACCUCCACCGGUACAUUCACCACCACCACCUUAUGAGUACAAAUCUCCACCACCACCGGUACAUUCACCACCACCUCCAUAUGUAUACAAGUCUCCCCCUCCUCCUGUACAUUCACCACCACCACCGUAUGAAUAUAAGUCUCCACCUCCACCGGUGCAUUCACCACCACCACCUUAUGAAUACAAGUCUCCACCUCCACCGGUGCAUUCACCACCACCACCUUAUGAAUACAAGUCUCCACCUCCACCGGUGCAUUCACCACCACCACCUUAUGAGUACAAGUCUCCUCCUCCACCGGUGCAUUCACCACCACCACCAUAUGAAUACAAGUCUCCUCCUCCACCGGUGCAUUCACCACCACCACCAUAUGAAUACAAGUCUCCACCUCCACCGGUGCAUUCACCACCACCACCUUAUGAGUACAAGUCUCCUCCUCCACCGGUGCAUUCACCACCACCACCAUAUGAAUACAAGUCUCCGCCUCCACCGGUGCAUUCACCACCACCACCUUAUGAGUACAAGUCUCCUCCUCCACCGGUUCAUUCACCACCACCACCAUAUGAGUACAAGUCUCCUCCUCCACCGGUUCAUUCACUACCACCACCAUAUGAGUACAAGUCUCCACCUCCACCGGUUCAUUCACCACCACCACCAUAUGAGUACAAGUCUCCUCCUCCACCGGUUAAGUCACCACCACCUCCUUAUGAGUACAAGUCUCCACCACCACCAGUUAAAUCACCACCACCACCAUAUUACUAUAAGUCUCCUCCUCCUCCGGUGCAUUCUCCACCACCACCAUACUACUACAAGUCCCCACCACCACCGGUGAAAUCACCCCCACCACCAUACUAUUACAAAUCCCCUCCUCCACCGGUGCAUUCACCACCCCCACCGUACUACUACAAAUCUCCACCACCACCCGUUAAGUCACCACCACCACCAUACUACUACAAGUCUCCACCACCACCAGCAAAAUCUCCUCCACACUAUUACUAUACUUCUCCACCACCACCAACCCCAUACCACCCGGCCCCUCACCCUCACCACAACAAAGCCAUCGUAAAGGUCGUGGGUAAAGUUUACUGCUACAGUUGCUAUGACUGGAAAUACCCUAUCAAAUCACACGCGAAGCACCACCUUAAAGGUGCUGUUGUGGAGGUCACAUGCAAGACUGCUGGUGAAAAAGAAAUUUCUGUAUAUGGAAAGACUAAGAUCAACGGUAAAUAUGCAAUUACUGUCGAGGGUUUGGACUAUUCAAAAUAUGGAGGAGCUAAAGGUUGUAGUGCUAAGCUUCAUAUGGCACCAAAUGGAACAAAAUGUAACAUUCCAACAAAUCUCCAUGGGGGUUUGAAGGGAGCUGAGCUUAAGGUCAAGUCCAAAAACGCUUAUGAGGUUGUCCUUCAAGCUAAAGCUUUUGCAUAUGCUCCUAAGACUCCUUCAAAGAUAUGUGAGAAGCCAAAGCCAAAGCCAAAAGCCGGAGCCCACUCCUUCUCCCUACUAUUACAAAUCUCCACCACCACCGCCACCGACUUAUUUGUACAAGUCUCCUCCUCCACCCGUGAAGUCUCCUCCAGUGUACCAUUAUACAUCACCCCCACCACCUAAGAAAUCACCACCUCCUCCAUACCACUACACAUCACCUCCCCCGCCAGUUAAAUCUCCACCACCACCAUACCACUAUACUUCACCUCCACCACCAGUGAAGUCUCCUCCCAAGUAUUACUACACAUCACCCCCACCACCUGAGAAAUCACCACCUCCCCCAUACUACUACACAUCGCCUCCACCACCGGUUAAGUCUCCACCACCACCAUACCACUACACUUCACCUCCACCACCAGUGAAGUCUCCUCCCAAGUAUUACUACA